AUGCGACAUUUCAAAGUUGACAGAAAGCCUAGCAAACUUAUUUCACAUACUCAUCAGUUCAAAGGAGUUGGUGAACAACUAGAAGCCAUCAGAACAGACCGGCGGCUUUUUGAGAUUUGGAAACCUGUAGCGUUUACGGCUGCCGUUGGUGGAAGUUGCUUCGUUGGUGCCUCUGUGUGGCACUAUGAAAGGUUCAAGAAGAACAGAGAAUUUCUUUUCAGCAGGAAGUACUGGAAUUAUGAAGAGCGCGUUAAGUAUGGUAGUUGGCGGCAGCAGGUUGUUCAUGAAAUGUGGCAAAAUUUUACCUUUGGUCAGAAAACAAUUAUGAGCUUGAUUUUCGCCAACGGUAUUGUUUUCGGCGCAUGGCGACUACCUUCCCUUCGAUCAACGAUGUUCCGGUAUUUCACCUGUAGCUUUUAUGGUGAUAUUCUCUGA